UAGUUCAUCAUUAGAGCUCGUUUUGUCCACUCCACACACACUACAGUCUUCACAUUCCGAUCCCCACAUUUCAUCUAUCUCUCCGUUUCGCUUUGUGGUUUCAGUCAAAUCCAUGGCUACCCAAGGUCAAGUCAUCACCUGCAAAGCGGCGGUGGCCUGGGAACCCAAUAAGCCAUUGGUGAUCGAAGACGUACAGGUAGCUCCGCCUCAGGCCGGAGAGGUCCGGGUCAAGAUUCUCUACACUGCUCUCUGCCACACCGACGCUUAUACCUGGGGUGGUAAGGAUCCUGAAGGUCUCUUCCCUUGCAUUCUUGGUCACGAGGCUGCAGGGAUUGUUGAGAGCGUUGGUGAAGGUGUUACUGAAGUUCAGCCAGGAGACCAUGUCAUCCCUUGUUACCAGGCAGAAUGCGGAGAAUGCAAGUUUUGCAAAUCAGGGAAGACAAAUCUCUGUGGAAAAGUACGUGCUGCCACUGGAGUUGGAGUCAUGAUGAGUGAUCGCAAGAGCCGUUUCUCUGUUAACGGAAAACCUAUCUAUCAUUUUAUGGGAACAUCAACAUUCAGCCAGUACACAGUUGUUCAUGAUGUUAGUGUUGCGAAGAUAGACCCAAAAGCUCCACUGGAGAAAGUAUGCCUUCUUGGCUGUGGUGUACCUACUGGUCUUGGAGCUGUUUGGAACACGGCAAAAGUAGAAUCAGGAUCAAUUGUUGCUAUUUUUGGCCUUGGGACUGUUGGUCUUGCUGUUGCAGAGGGUGCCAAAACAGCUGGUGCAUCACGAAUAAUUGGCAUUGAUAUUGAUAGCAAAAAGUUUGAUACAGCAAAAAACUUUGGAGUUACUGAAUUUGUGAACCCAAAGGACCACGAGAAGCCAAUCCAACAGGUCCUUGUUGACCUCACUGAUGGUGGCGUUGACUACAGUUUUGAGUGCAUUGGAAAUGUCUCGGUGAUGAGAGCUGCCCUGGAGUGUUGCCACAAGGGCUGGGGAACAUCUGUUAUUGUUGGUGUUGCAGCAUCAGGACAGGAGAUCUCCACUCGCCCUUUUCAAUUGGUGACUGGUCGUGUCUGGAAGGGAACAGCCUUUGGUGGUUUCAAGAGCCGCUCACAGGUGCCUUGGCUUGUAGAGAAGUACUUGAAGAAGGAAAUCAAAGUUGAUGAGUACAUCACCCACAAGUUGACUCUUGGGGAGAUCAACAAAGCAUUUGAUUUGAUGCAUGAAGGGGGAUGCCUCCGGUGUGUGCUUUCUACGGAUGCAUGAAGGGGGAUGUAUCCGGUCCGUGAUUUCUACAAAUGUGUGAGGGAUUCCACUUAGGCCUAUGCCAAGUUUCUCAUGGGGUGGAACUUUAUCUUGCCUUUUCCUUUUAUCUAAACCCUUUUAGUGGCAAGAGUUUUAAAAAUAACUUUCCGGUGCUGCUUUGGUAAGUAAAAGAACGCCCGACUAGUUUGUUGCUUGUUAUAUAUUAUGAGGCUUUUGCUCGGCCUAUUUGUGUAGAAGAAUAAAACAGCAUUGUGGUUGUGCUUGCUAUAUUUAUGUGUAUGGUUGGAAUGAUUUGCCGAAGAAUGAUCGAUAUUCUGAGUGGUGUAUGUAAUGGUUCCAUAUUAUUAGCAGUCAUGAAGCCUGUCAACAUUUUAAGGAAAUGAGCCUCUUAUAA